AUGGCCCGGUCGUACGGCGGCCGGGUACUGGCCGCGAUGACUCUGCUGGGCAUCCCGGCCGCCGUGCUGGCGGCGCUGGGCGCGCAGCUGCUGUUCCAGCUGCAGGCGGGGCGCGCCGAGCUGCGGGGGCCGGACCCCGAGCCGGCCGCCGGCCGCGGGCUGCCCGAGGACGCGGCGGGCGCGCUGCUGCCGCUGGCCGGGGCGCUGGCCGCGCUGGCCCUGGCUCUCGGCCUCGCCUGCCUGCUACUGGCCGCGCUCUGCGGGCACCUGGGCGCCGAGCUGGCCCGGACGUCCGGCUCCCGCAGGUCCGACGGCUUCCUGUACGACUGCCGCGGCCUCCGACACGCGGCGCUCGGGCUCCUGUGCUGCGGGGUCUCUGUCUACCUGGCAGCGCUGUCCAUCUAUGCACUGCUGCUUUUUGAGAUCGAGACGGGCGUGGCCACUGCCUCCAUCCUCGGCGUGGGGGCCCUGGUUCCAGCGGCCGCGCUGACCCACACCCUGCUCCGGGCCUCUCGGGCUGCCCGCCGCGGCCUCCGGGAUCCGGGCCCAGCCUCCUUCGAAGAGGACCCUGCCCACCCGGCUGAAGCCUCCAAACACGGCCACAGGACGCAGCCCCGGCAGGAUGAGAACACGGAGGCCCCCGGAGAGGCCGGGGCUCGGCCGGGGCCCCAGUGCUAAACGGGGAUCCCACCUGGGUCCCGCAGGCCGCCUGCUGCGACCCCCGGCUGCGACCCUCAGCAGCGACCCCCAGCGGGGCUGCGCCCUUGACCGCGGCUGCGACCCUCGCCUUCCCCUGGGGCCCACCUGUCAAUCAUUUCCGGGCCGGGGGCGCCGGGAGGAUUCUGGGGCUCACAGGAGGGGGCCCCGGGGGUUCUGGGUGAGGGUUGGGGUCGGGGUCAGGGUCGGGGUCAGGGCCGGGGCUCCCGGGGAAGGAGGCCGGGAUGGGUCCUCACCCCCCUACCUGGAGCCACCCUGGAACCCGAGCCCCGCGCCCGCAGUCGGGGUGACCCGAGAACAAAGGGGCUUUGUAGGCGGUGGCGCCGGA